AUGCAGUCUGCUUCGUCGGCGGUAACGGCGUCGCUGACAGCGCAGCGGCGCGGCGUUUCGAGCACAACGAGCGCAUCAGCUGAUGCAGCUGCUACCGCCGCUUCUGCUGUUGCUGCUGUGGCCGCUUUGUCAACAGGGACGAAGCUGCGUCAUCGACGUGGCGCUCAUCGCAAGCGCGGCCGUGUCUCGGCGACGGCAGGGGUCACGCUGCCCCCCGAUGUGCAGCUCGGGGAUGGUAAGAGUGGCACCUGUGCUGUCGCCAUCGAUCCUGUUGUGUCGACGACUGUGUUGGUCAACCCAUCAAAGGUAUCCAGCGAGCCGCUCAGCCAACGGGCAGUCAAGAGCAGCGGCUUGGCGGCUAGGGGCGCAUGCGCGCGCACAUUAGGCGACGUCGCAGGCGAGGCUGAGUCACCGGUGGUCACUACUGCCGCAUACCUCAACGGGCUUGGCACAUCGGCUGAGAAACCUAUGGCGUGCCCUCCGUCAGCUGGCGAGGCCGAUGCUGCUGAGCCGGCGCUCGUGGCAUCCGUGGCGGCUACCGAUGCCGCCGAGAUGGCCGCGCCUCGUCGCAAAGGGAGAGGCCGCAAACCACAGCGGGGCGCCAACGGAGGCCGCACAGCGGUGGAGGCGGCGACAGAGGCGACUGUGGAAUCCCUCGCUGUUGCUGCUCCUGCUGCCGCCUCUAGCCCUGCCGUUGCGGCACCAUUGGUAGAGGUGUCAGCGGAGGCCAUUGCAAUGGCCGCUGCGGUCUCGCACGUAAAGCCGUCGCGAGGCCUAACGAAAAGGCGCUUGAGACGCAGGGAGCCUGGAGCCGCCCCUGCCGCCUCAGCUGGCGACGUGGAGGCGAAUGAGGUGAAGACUGCCGGCGUCGCAGUGGUGCCGUCUGCCACUGUCGGCCCUAAUCGUGCCCCUUCCGUGACAGCAGACGUGGGUGAAGGGAAGGGCGGCACGCCCGUCGCGGAGUCGGUAAGUGCCGCAGCACCGCCUCUGCCCCCGCAACAUAUGGACGCCACUUGUCGUGCUGUUACACCCGACGCCGACGCAGUUGAAGGAGGCGUGAGCAGCCGUAGCAGCAGCAGGCGACGUAUAGGUCGACAGAGGAGACAGAAAUCUGUCGGGGAGUCGGUGAGUGCGAAGGGCACAGAAGCCCUUCAGAGCAAUGACGAGGUCAGUCGCGCUGCUGACGUGGAUGGUGACCGAAAUCACACGAGCGAGGACGGCAGUGCCCGUCAAAGUGGCCGACGGCAGCGAUCCAGCUCGCGCACCCGCGGUGGCAAGCGCCUGCGUGCUACAUCACCGACAGCUGACAUCGGGGCUGUAGGAAAAGGCGCCAUCGCUGCUGCCGUGGCCAAAUCGGCCGCCGAGGGCGUGAAGGGCACCGCAGAGCAAGCGCCAGUGACCGGCGGAGCGACAGCAGGAGGAGCGACGUUGGCGUCCUUCUCGCUUCUCACCACGGCAACGCCCCCCCAGCCUGCGAGCAAGACCACCACCACCAGCCUCACGACGGUGGAUACGAAGGCACCAGCUGCUUUCACCGCGGAGCUGGGGUCGUCGGAGUCGAAGACGGGAGCCGACGUCGAGCUUUCAGCAGAGGCCGUCGGGACCACUGCCGCCUCUUGCGCGUCCAGGGGCAAUAGGCGGCCUCGAGGCAAUCGGAUGAAAGGGAGGCAUCUUGUCUCUGCUGCCGUCACGGAUGGCAGCGGCGACACCGCCACUGCCGCUGCCGGACCCGCCGCGACGGCGGCAGUGGAGAAUGGGGAGACGGCAACGACACCGCCGUCUGCAGCCACUGUCUCGUCUGCGUCGGUGGACUCCUUCAAGAAACUCUUCGCCACUGUCGACGUGGCAGCCGUUGAGGCCGCGAAGGGGCUCUCCUCUCUCGCCGCAAAAAAGCGUCUGGCUGCACAGAUCAUUCGCCGUCGCUGGCAGCUGCAGCGAGGGCUCAAGUUGUCCCCACAAACCCUCCCAUCCACCACCACAUCAACAGCCGACGAGGCAAGCACUACGGCAAUCUCAGCUGCGGCGAAGGAUGACGAGGUGGCAGCAGCCGAAGCAGCGGCACCUACGUCGUCCGCACCUUCUUCGUCGCCGUCCUCGCGCCGACGCCUGAAGCGAGGAAAGAAGUCAGCUUUGACUGAAGCGGCUGUGCUGUCACUAACGGCAGCUGAGUUGCUACCGGAAAAGCCGGCGCGGGGCGGCGAGGCACCCGCUGCAGGUGGAGUCAAGCCGAAGAGCCGUACCACUAAAAGGGGUGGCAAGCUUGGUGGGUCGGCGGCGAAGAGGCAUGGCGCGGGCACGACUGCCAUAGCGGCAGCAGCGUCUGGUGCACCCGUGGCGGAACUGACCAAGGCUGCUGAGGUCGAAGAUGCUGUUCGUGACGCCGAGGCAGAGGCAGAUGUGGCGGCGGCAAUGGCAACCGCGGUGGAGUUGGCGUCAAGGCCGGAGGUCGUCAAUGACGAGUUCUCGCUAGCACCGCAGACAGACGACGGCGCCGUUGCUGAUACGACGUCGAUACCCCACUCUCUCGCUGCCCUCGUCCCCAGCCGUGCAUCGCAGAAGACGAAGUUUUAUGGUGCGGGAGACUUGAAGGUAACUUCAGGCGCAAAGGGCAGCAGCAGCGGUAGCACUGGCGGAUCGGGGAAUUGUGCUGGUGGCAGCAGCAGCAGCAGCAGCGGUAGCAGUGGCAAGGCUGGCAAAGGUGCGAACUCGAAGGACACGCUGUUCUUCCCCGACUACCGUGAGCGCGUCGUGCAGCUCUUUGAGCAACUUGCCCAGAUCAACAGUGCCCUUGGCGAGCGCUUUAAGUCGCAGUCGUACGGGCGCACGGUAGAGCAUUUAAAGCGUGGCGACAAGGUGUUUCAGCUGCUGCCGCCGAACCUGCUGCCGCUGCCAGAGGACGACCCGGAGAAGAAGGCGGCGGUUGAGGCGCUCUACAAGGACGACUCGGCGGCGCAGAGGAGGCGCGCUGAGGAGGUGGAGCGGAACCGGGCGAAACGCAGUCUCGUCCUUUCCCCUGAUAACCUCAUUCCAGGUCUGGGGACGAAGCUGCGGGAGAAAGUAAUCGAGAUCCUCGUGACAGGUGGCUUGGAGGAACUGCAUCGGCAGGAGGCAAAACCAAUCAUUCGCGCCAUCCGCGAGCUCACGCAGGUGCACGGCGUUGGCCCACGCACCGCCAUUGACUACUUUAAGAAGCACGACAUCAGCACCGUCGCGCAACUUCGCGACUACGCCAUCAAGGCAGGCGAGCUUGACAUGAACAACAAGGACAGCGGCAAGCCGUCAAAUCUGGUGGCCUGCUCUGACAAGUCCAAGUUCCACCUGAACGACGCGCAGCGGCUCGGGCUUGUCUACUACGAAGAUAUGUGCCACCGCAUCCCACACGACGAGGGCCGCCUACACGAGGCAUUCAUGAAGCUGCGCAUGCGCAAGUACCUUGGCAAGGACUACGAGCUCGUCGUAUGUGGCAGCUACCGGCGUCAAGUUGAAUCUGCUGGGGAUAUCGAUGUGCUCAUCACGCACAAGCGCAGCGCGGCGGAGGGCAGCAGCGGUGACAGUAGCAGCGGUGGUCGUCCGCUGUUACCACCGUCGGAGGUGCUUGGCACGUUUCUCGCUGGGCUCAAGGCGGACAAGUAUAUCGAGGCCACGCUGGCACAGGGGCCGACGAAGUUUAUGGGGCUGUGCCGCUUGCGCGCGGUGGAGAAUACGUCUGCAGCAGCUACUACCGGCAAGGGAAAGGCAGCGAAGGCAAAGAAUACAGCGCGGCCCAAGUUCCGCGCCCGCCGUCUUGAUGUCCGCUACGUGGACUCGGACGGCUUUCCGGCCGCGAUGCUGUACUUCACCGGGAGCAAAAACUUUAACGUCAUUAUGCGUAGUGAGGCCAUUAAGAAGCACUGCAUCCUCAACGAGUACGGCCUCUUCCGCAAGCCAACACGCAGGCAGAUGCAGCAGUACGGCGUUCUGCAGAGGAACCCGAACAUGACCUUCCAUGAUAUGGUUACCCGUCUCGCCCGCUUUGACCUCUCUGCCAUCAAAGGCGGCGAGGAUGAACUCACCAGCGAACCGUCUGCGGUGCCCGCUGAUGCUUCGACUGCUGCCGGGAGCGGUGCUGGCAGCAACGCAGACGGCGCGUCGGCAAAGGUGACGGCCGCGGCCAAGAAGGUCAAGGGGAAGGGGAGGGAGAAGACGAAGCAGGAGCUUGCCGAGCUGCGCGAGAUGGCGAGGAUUGUGGAGCGGCAGCGAGUGAAGGCGUCUACAGAGCGUGAAAUCUUCGAGGCGCUGGGCAUGGACUACGUCUCUCCAAAAGACCGCAGCGUGUGA